AUGACACUACUCAUCCUUGCACUGAAUAAAAUAAGUAUACCCUUUCCCAUAAUUUAACAUCAUAAUUUCAAAAUUAUUAUAGGAAAAAUAAUAAAAUUCAGGGGCUCUAAUGGAAGAAGCAGAAAUUAUCGAUAUUGACUCAAGCAGUGACAGUUCAGAUACCGACGAAGCCAAAAACCAAGACCCAGAUCCAGUCCUAGUUAUUUAUCCUCCAGACUCUAAAUCCAGCAUCACUAUCAGAGAGUCAGAUUUUUCUCGACUAAACCCAAUUGAAUUUUUGAACGACAAUUUAGUUGAUUUUUUUAUCAAAUAUUUCAUCACAGAAAGCAACAAAGACAAUUUUUUCGCAUUCAGCAGUUUUUUCUAUGUCUCAAUCGUAGAAAGUGGCUAUGAUAAAGUUUUGAAGUGAAAUAAAGGCUGCGACAUUUUUGAAAAAGAUUUUUGGAUUAUCCCAAUCGCUGACAAUAAUCAUUGAUUACUUUUAAUUGUCGCUUAUCCUCAGUAUGUUUUUAUAGAAAAUUCUGAAAUUCAACCAGCGAUUUUAUUAUUUGAUUCUCUAAGUUUUGGAAUGGAAGAUCUGGCCCAUAUGGUCAGAAUUUAUAUAGGGCUUGAAUGAGCACAAAAACAAGGGCUGGAAUAUGACUCAGUGCAAGAAGACGAUAUUCCACUAGUUAUCCCGUCAGUUCCUCAGCAAAACAAUUGAUGGGAUUGUGGGAUUUAUGUGAUUAAUUAUGCCAAAAAAUUUAUUGAAAGCCCUGAACCAUUUUUGCUGGAUUUAAAUUGUGAAGAAAUUUUUGAUAUGGAUGAAUUUAAUAAGGGUAGGUGGAUUUAUAAGAAUAUUUUGAACCAGCUAGGAACAGGAAAUAUUGUAAAAGAAGGGGUCAAUAUUUAUCUGAAAAAAUCAAAGAGAAGACAUAGGAGGAAGCCACAAAGGCCGUUAGAUGAAGAAUUUUAUUAUGAAAAUAACUAA